AUGUGUGGAACUCUCUUCAUCUUACCAACAGCUGGCUAUCUGUGCACGAGGAAGGACAUCCUCGACGGGUGGCCUGCCAUAUUCUAUCUCUCCGCAUGCAUUUCCAUCCUAGUAACAGUUUUCUGGAUCCCAUUUGGGGCUGACAAACCGGCAAAACAAUGCUGCAUUUCGGGUCGAGAGCGAAACUUUAUUGAGAGCAGAAUAGCAUGUGAAUCGAUUGGAAAACGAACGGAUCGUUCUCGUCGUGUGCCUUAUCAGGCUAUGCUCAAGUCUAAGGCUUUAUGGGCAUCAAUUUUUGCCCUAGUUUGCCACGAGUACCCGCUGGUCAUCAUGUUACAGUUCCUUCCCAACUACAUGCGCGAUGUGCUCGAAUUUGCACCCACUCAAAAUGGACUAAUGGCUGCCUUGCCUAUUCUUUGCCUAUUCCUAUCAAAGACCGUCUCAUCGUCUUUUGCAACUUAUCUGGUAACGAAGAGAGACAUGGACAAGACAGUCGUGUGCAAG